GCCAUGUGGUGUUGGAUAAUUCGAGAAGAGCGUCAGUGAGAUUUCACCACCGCAGAGGCCUAAUUUAUCUGACAUUCAGCUGCUUUAUAAAGACUGACUGUUCAACACGUAGUUAAAUAAGAAUAAUAUUUAAUCUGAAGAUGUUGUCCGUAGCGAGAACAGCAGUCAGAAAUGUGUCGUGCUCUCAGAAGAGUUCCGGCAGUGUGUCUGAACUCAUCAAGAAGGCAUGUUGGAAUGGAUUGACACAACAAACUCUCCAGACGGCAGCCAGACGCCAUUAUGCUUCGGAGGCGAUCAAGGGGGCAGUCAUUGGAAUCGACCUGGGAACCACAAACUCUUGUGUGGCUGUCAUGGAAGGCAAACAAGCAAAGGUCCUGGAAAACGCUGAGGGUGCACGGACGACCCCAUCCGUGUUGGCCUUUACUGCUGACGGCGAGAGGCUUGUUGGAAUGCCGGCCAAACGUCAAGCUGUGACAAACCCCAACAACACCCUCUACGCUACUAAACGUCUGAUCGGACGGCGCUACGAUGACGCUGAAGUUCAGAAAGAUUUGAAAAAUGUGCCUUAUAAGAUCGUGCGUGCUUCUAACGGUGACGCCUGGCUCGAAGCUCAUGGCAAACUGUACUCGCCCAGUCAGGCCGGAGCCUUCAUUCUGAUGAAGAUGAAGGAGACGGCAGAGGGCUACUUGGGUCAUACAGUGAAGAACGCUGUCAUUACGGUGCCUGCAUACUUCAACGACUCCCAGAGACAGGCGACGAAAGACGCGGGUCAGAUUGCAGGAUUAAAUGUGCUGCGUGUGAUAAAUGAACCGACUGCUGCUGCUUUAGCCUAUGGACUUGACAAGACUCAGGACAAAAUAAUUGCGGUUUAUGAUCUUGGUGGUGGGACGUUUGAUAUCUCUGUCCUGGAGAUCCAGAAGGGGGUGUUUGAGGUGAAGUCCACCAAUGGAGACACAUUUCUGGGUGGAGAAGAUUUCGAUCAGCACUUGCUCAGACAUAUCGUCAAAGAGUUCAAGAGGGAGUCUGGUGUAGAUCUGACUAAAGACAACAUGGCACUGCAGAGGGUUAGAGAGGCGGCGGAGAAAGCCAAAUGUGAGCUGUCUUCCUCUCUCCAGACUGAUAUCAACCUGCCGUACCUGACGAUGGACGCGUCUGGCCCCAAACACUUAAACAUGAAGCUCACUCGCUCUCAGUUUGAAGGCAUCGUGGCCGAUCUCAUCCGCAGGACGGUCGCACCCUGUCAGAAAGCCAUGCAGGAUGCUGAGGUUUCCAAGAGUGACAUCGGUGAAGUGCUGCUGGUCGGUGGAAUGUCCCGAAUGCCCAAGGUCCAGCAGACGGUUCAGGAUCUGUUUGGUCGAGCUCCCAGUAAAUCUGUGAAUCCGGAUGAGGCCGUGGCUAUUGGAGCGGCCAUCCAGGGCGGCGUUCUCGCGGGAGACGUCACAGACGUGCUCUUGCUGGAUGUUACGCCGCUGUCUCUAGGUAUCGAGACUCUGGGAGGAGUCUUCACCAAACUCAUCAACAGAAACACAACCAUUCCUACCAAGAAAAGCCAGGUGUUCUCCACCGCUGCUGAUGGACAGACCCAAGUAGAGAUCAAAGUGUGUCAGGGCGAGCGAGAGAUGGCUGGAGACAACAAGCUUCUGGGACAGUUCACACUGGUGGGCCUCCCUCCUGCUCCUCGCGGAGUUCCACAGAUUGAAGUCUCCUUCGAUAUCGACGCUAAUGGAAUCGUGCACGUCUCGGCUAAAGACAAGGGAACCGGCCGCGAACAGCAGAUUGUCAUCCAGUCGUCUGGCGGUCUCAGCAAAGACGACAUCGAGAACAUGAUUAAGAAUGCCGAGAAGUACGCAGAGGAGGACAGGAGACGGAAGGACCGCGUGGAAUCCGUCAACAUGGCUGAGGGCAUCGUUCAAGACACCGAGUCCAAGAUGGAGGAGUUUAAGGAUCAGCUGCCAGCUGAUGAGUGUAAUAAACUGAAAGAGGAGAUCGCGAAAGUACGAGAGCUGCUUGCACGGAAAGACGCAGAAACUGGAGAGAACAUCAAACAAGCUGCUACAAACCUCCAGCAGGCCUCGCUCAAGCUCUUCGAGAUGGCAUAUAAGAAGAUGGCGUCUGAGAGAGAAGGCAGCGGUGGCUCGAGCUCAGGAGGAGAAACAGGAGAGAAAAAGGAAGGACAGCAGUAAAGUCUGCGAUGUUGGAGUUUGUUGUGGAACUGAAGGGUUUGGGAGCAGAAACCUUGUUGCCCCGAGCAACAUACACAACUUAUUCUCACAUAUACUGUGUUUUUGGCAGUAAAAUCUACAGUACAUCUAUUCUAAUGUCUCAUCCACCUUCCUUUGACUAGUAGUUCAUAUUCAUUCACUGUGUCUGCUCAACAUAAUCGACAUCAAUCUCGAAGCGGCAAAAUGUGCAAUUAAGCAUUUGAUUUUCCAUCUUGGGUUUAAAAGUCAGCGUUUGUACGUGUGGACUGAUGAUUUACAUACUCAUCGUAGACAUGAUGACCCUUUAGUCAGUUUGGCAUACAUUCCUGAAUGUGUUGUACAGAAUCACGUCUUUAUGAAGCAUGUAGAAUACUGCUUGCGUUUUGUUUUUGAACCUCCCAAAUGUUUUAUUUCGUGAACUAUUUAUGUUAAUAGUGGAAGUGAAUGGGACUUUAUGCAUGACUAAAAUGGCUUUAGGAUAUCUAUAUCUACAGUGAGUAUGUAAAAUGUCAGGUUUCACAAAGAAAAGUCACUGUUUUAUAUAAAUAAAUAAUAAUAAUGUGUGAUCCGUCAACAUAUUCUGUUAUGCUUGGAAAUUGAUUGUAUGUUUCAGUGUAUGAGCAUAAAGCUGUAUGAUAAAUAUGAGUCACUGAAUGGCUGAUGUGGAAUUACAAGAUUAAUCUAUUUUUCGUUUAUUUUCUCUCUCUCUCUGCUGAUCAUACUGGCAUCUCAUAUUAAGCAAGUUUGUUAAGCUCAAAUCUACAUCAUUAAUGUAGUUCUUGGACAGAUCUGUGCUAAUGUGCAUUUUGUGACAUUGAGGAUGUCUUUCCUGAAGGAUCCUUGUCAGAUAAUCUUUGCUGUUUGACUCGGACAUAAUGGCACAAAAUUAGCACAAAAAGCCCGUAUACUCCAUACAUAUGAUGCCAUGUUCAUAGAAGAAGAAAGACAUGUAACCACAGAUGCUCUGUACAAAGGCUGAUGACUUUAGAAAAUGUUAAAUGUGAAACAUAAAUUCAGUGAUGUAAUAUUCCAAUGCAGUCUUUUAUAAUAAAAUGAUUAAAGUGUUUGAACUUGUUUAAG